GUCUGAACUCUCCCAACGUUCAUCAUGUCGAGAGCGUUGCUACGUCUCUCAAGGUCUGCCGUCUCAGUGCACUUAUCAUCAAGGAGACAUGCCUCAACGUUCGCAAAGUAUGACUGGGAGGAUCCACUCAACCUCGAGUCGUUACUCACCGAAGAGGAGAUAGCCGUUCGGGAUACAGCUCGCUCGUAUUGUCAGGAGAAGCUGCUUCCUCGAGUUCUUGAAGCUCAGCGAACAGAAAAAUUCGUGCCAGAAAUACUACCUGAGAUGGGUCAACUUGGAUUGCUAGGACCGACUAUAAAAGGUUACGGAUGCGCAGGUGUGAGUAGCGUAGCAUAUGGGCUUGUUGCUUGUGAAGUAGAACGUAUUGACUCUGGUUAUCGUUCGACAAUGAGCGUACAAUCCUCUCUCGUCAUGCACCCCAUUCAUGCGUUCGGCUCAGCAUCUCAGAAGGAGAAGUACUUGCCACGGCUGGGAAAGGGAGAGAUAAUCGGGUGUUUCGGUCUAACGGAACCGAAUCACGGAUCCGAUCCAGCCGGUAUGGAGACAAGUGCUGAAGACGUCGAUGGUGGGUUCAUAUUAAAUGGCAGCAAGACGUGGAUCUCCAACGCGCCCGUCGCAGGCCUUAUACUUAUUUGGGCCCGCUGCAAAUGGGACGACAAGGUCCGGGGUUUCCUCAUUGACCGUUCACAAUCAAGCGUUCCCGGCCUCGAGACAUCCAUAAUCAAGAACAAACUCGCGCUGCGCGUAUCUCUCACUGGUUCCGUAUUCAUGGAUAACGUCCGCAUACCGAAAGAUUCACUACUCGAAGGCACUGAUGGUCUCAAAUCUGCGUUUUCAUGUCUCAACAAUGCGCGGUACGGGAUAAGCUGGGGCGUCAUGGGCUCACUUGAAGAUUGCGUUGCACGAACACGCGAAUACGCACUCGAGCGAAAGCAAUUCAAACGGCCCAUUGCUUCAUUCCAACUUAUCCAGAAGAAGCUCGUCGAAGCGUCCACUGCUUCUGCGUUCGGCCUCCUCGCAGCUUUACAAGUCGGUCGUCUCAAAGACAAGGACAUGUUGGCGCCUGAGAUGGUUUCGAUGGUCAAGCGAGCGAAUUGCGUGUCCGCUCUCACGCACGCACGCACAGUCCUAGAUAUAUUGGGUGGGAACGCAUGCGCAGAUGAAUAUCAUGUGGGGAGGCAUGUAGCAAAUUUGCAGGUGACGAAUACGUAUGAAGGCACUGCGGAUGUACAUGCACUCAUCUUGGGGAAGGCAAUGACUGGCAUUCAGGCGUUUGCAAACUGAAGGUCCAGGAAUUAUAAACUUAAACACGAAUCUGUAAGGAUGAAUUAGGAGAAAAAGAAAUGUAUACUACUUGUAACCUUACCAGCCGAACACCGUGUAGUCUAUCAC